ACAUGUAUUGCACUAACUGAAGAUUUCAGUGUCUCAGCGAGGAGAAAAUGGACACUCGAUGCUGGUUUAUAAUUUUUAUACUAUCGCAAUUUCACAGUCUGUAUCGUCGAAAAUUCUUUGCCAACGGAGAUAGCUUUGCUUCUAUAGCGCAAAUGAAACAAAUCGUCGAUUUGGAGAUGAAGUUAGGUCAAAGCCUGGAGAGAUUUGUCGAGUUAGAGAAGAGUCGAUUGGAAAAAGUAAAGCAAUUUUCUAAAAGUGUCAAGGAAGCCAUGAAUCAAGUUCAAUUAGAAGGACCAAAAUCUCUCGAGAAUCCUGCGACAUCUUAUGCUGUGAUCAAAAGAUUUGCGAACGGAUGGACGGAGCUUGGAAAUUUUUUAGAGAAGGACUAUUCCAGCGAUUUACAAAAUCUACUCAAGUCAAACAAAUGGCAGUUUCCAACUCACAAUGAAGAUCUUCUGGGUGCCAUGGCGGCUAUGUUUCGGCUCCAAGAUACCUAUAAUAUAUCUGCAGUUGACAUGGCUGAUAAUAACAUAAUAGGUUGCGGAGCCGCUCCAAAGCUUUUAGCCGAAGACUGUUUCGAUCUUGGAACUGUGGCGUAUCAAGCCGGUCGAUACACACAGGCAAGAGACUGGCUUAGAUUAGCAGAAACGUUCAUACGUGAAGGAAGACAUGAUGGGGCAGUGAAUCGAACUGAAGUGUUAGAAUACCUGGCAUGGAUCGAAUACGUUAAAGGAAAUCCCGAGCGAGCCCUCAAUCUUACCUUGGAAAUACUGCAAUUUGUUCCUCAUAACAAACAGGCGAAAGAAAAUGUCAUGCACUACAGGGAGAUGGUGGAACAAGGAACACGUGAUACACAUGACCAAAUAAAGGCAAAAGAGGAAGAAAUCAACACGAAGACUUUCAAAACUGGGAAGUACGCGACUUUGUGCAGGGGUGAUACAAGUCAGAGUACUCCUCAAGGAGAUCUUCAAUGCUGGUAUCACGGAAAGAAGAGUCCAUUACUCGUACUUAGACCAAUCAAAGUGGAAAUGGUUUGGCGCAAGCCUGAGUUGUUAAUCUUCAGAAAUCUUUUAAGUACGAAAGAAGCUGAAAGAAUCAAAGAGAUAGCCACACCCAAGCUUGAAAGAGCUACUGUGUUUAACAGAAAAACAGGAAAGCUAGAAAACGCGGAUUAUAGAGUAAGCAAAAGUGCUUGGCUGGAAAGUUGGGACGAUGAAGUCGUUGCAACAGUUAAUAGAAGAAUUGGUGCCGCAACAGGUCUGGAAAUGGACACAGCGGAACCAUUACAGAUUGCAAAUUACGGAAUGGCAGGACAGUACGAAUUUCAUCAUGACUUUGGAGAUCCAGGUUCGCCUUUGGACUUGUCAUCGAAUGGAAAUCGUGUCGCUACUGUGCUCAUUUAUUUGAAUGACGUCAGCAGGGGAGGUUACACAGUUUUUACGCGAGCGAAGACUCAUAUCAGCCCGACAAUGGGAGACGCAGCGUUUUGGUACAAUCUUAAACGAUCAGGAGAGGGAGAUUAUGAAACGGAGCAUGCAGCUUGUCCAGUCCUCUGUGGAAAUAAAUGGGUGGCCAACAAAUGGUUACAUAUUCGAGGACAAGAAUUCCGCCGCAAAUGCAGUCUUAACUCCAAAGAAUGAGGAAAAACUCUGAUUACAACUGAAGCUUGGUUUUUGUGGUGGUCCUUUUUGAAUCCCGACCCAUUUGGUCUAAAUGACUUCCUGUCGUAGGAAGUGAAUUGCAUGAGGAAAUAAGCAAAUUGAAAUCAUAGAUAAGUUCUCAUUGGUCCAUACAGCAAGAAAUUGCCACUCGGUAACUAAAUGAGUGAA